AUGGGAGAUACUGAUAAAGAAUAUAUUUCAGAAGAAGUUUAAAAAGCUAUAGAUGAUUCAGUGAAAUAAGUAUUCGGCAUUAAAGAUGAUUCAAGUUAAGUUACAAUCACAUACAAUAAAGAUAAAGUCAAUCUUUGGACAUAAUAAAUUAUUGAUUACACAAUCAGAGGUCUUAAUAAGUUAGGAAAACAUUUCAAAUAUUGCGUUACAGCAAUACUUCAAUAAACUAAUCACGCAGGAAUAUCUGUUUAAAUUACUGCCUAUUAAGAUACCAAUACAGAUGGUUCUCUGAUUUAAUGUUAUGAAAUUAAUGAUAUUUAUGCUAUUGUUUCUGUUUUUGCAAUGGCUGUCUGA